AUGAGCAGUGCGGUGAGCCUGCCUGGGGGGCUGACGCCGCCACUUCAGGAGCCUCCCGUGCAGAGAGGCAGUGUCUGUGUGGAGCGGCUCAACACCGGACCCCAGUGGCAAGGAAGGGUCAGCCACUCUGCAUGCCUCUGCGCCCCCAGCUUCCUGGAGCCCAAACUCCUGCUGUCUCCACAGCUCCAUGGCCACCAGUGUGUUCCCCUUGGGCAUCCUGCUCCUGCUGCUGCCCACGCCUGCCCCUGCCCCCUGCUAUACUGCCGCACGUUCCGAGUGCCAGCGUAAUAGGCAGUUCGUGCCUGGCUCGUGGCUGGCAGGGGAGGGUGUGGAUGUGACCAGCCUCCGCCGCUCAGGCUCCUUCCUGGUGGACACACAGCACUUCCUACGGCCCGAUGGCACCUGCACUCUCUGCCGCAACAGCCUGCAACAGAACGCCCUCCAGCGCCUGCCCCUGGCGCUCACUCACUGGCGCACCUACAGCUCGGCCUGCCGGCGCCAUGUGGCCAAGGCCCAGACCAGCUCCAUAGAGGAUGUGGCCAGGGAUGCGGCUGCCAGCAUCCGCAAUGACUGGCGAGCAGGACUGGAAGUGAAUCCCAACCCCGGCUCCAGUGCUCGUGUAGCAGUGGCCGGCUCACAUUCCAAGGAGGCCAAUUUUGCAGCCCAGAAAAGCCAACAGGACAAGUACAGCUUCAGCACCGACUCAGUGGAGUGUCGCCUCUACAGUUCUCACCUGGUGCACGCUCCACCGCUCCACCCUGAUUUCAAGAGGGCCCUCAGGGACCUGCCGCCACACUUCAGUGACUCCACCCAGCCCGACUACCUCAGACUCAUCUCCAACUACGGCACCCACUUCAUCCGCUCCAUGGAUCUGGGUGGCAGGAUCUCUGCCAUCACCGCCCUGCACACCUGCGAGCUGGCCCUGGACGGGCUCACAGCUGACGAGGUGGGGGACUGCCUGUCCGUUGAGGCCGAGGUCAGCAUAGGCGGCCGUGCCAGCUCCUCGGCGGAGUUCAAGGACUGUGAGGAGAAGAAGAAGCAGAGCAAGAUGACAACCUCCUUCCACCAGUCCUACCGGGAGCGCAGGCUGGAGGUUAAAGGCGGCCACCACACCUCCAUGCCCGACCUACUGUUUGGGAACCACGUUGGGCCCGAGCAGUUCACAGCCUGGGUGACCUCACUGCAGGACAACCCCGGCCUGGUGGACUUCACCCUGGAGCCCCUGCACGUGCUCCUGGGGAAACAGGACCCACGGCGGGAGGCGCUGCGGCAGGCCAUCAGCCAGUACGUGACACACAGGGCCCGCUGGCGGGACUGCAGCCGGCCCUGCCCCCCGGGGCAGCAGAAGAGCCACCAUGACCCCUGCCAGUGCGUGUGCCAUGGCUCCGAGGUCACCAGCCAGGGCUGCUGUCCCCGGCACAGGGGCCUGGCCCAGCUAGAGGUUAAGAACUUCCAGGCAACAGGUCUGUGGGGAGACACAUUUACUGCCACGGACGCCUACGUGAAGGUUUUCUUUGGAGGCCAGGAGCUGCGGACGGGCACUGUGUGGAACAAUAACAACCCCCAGUGGACGACACGGCUGGACUUCGGGGACGUGCUCCUGGCCACAGGGGGGCCCCUGAGGGUGCAGGUCUGGGACGCGGACAAUGGCUGGGACGAUGAUCUUCUGGGCACCUGCGACCAGACCCCACGGGCUGGCUCUCAGAAGGUGGAGUGCAGCCUGAGUCACGGCCGGCUGAAGUUCUUCUACGAUGCCAGAUGCCUGCCUCACCUGACGGGGGGAACCUGCCUAGAUUACGCUCCCCACCCACUUCUGGGGGAGUCUCCCGGAAACCGGAGUGGAGCUGUAUGGUGACAACAGGGGUCCUUGAGGGGGCCUGUGUGCCUGGACUGGAGGGGCCCUCACCCAGGGAGCCAGGGCCCCUCUUCCUACCCCCACUAGACAGAUGGAACACGGAGGCCGUUUCUCUUCAGUGAGGCAGCUGAAUUCACAGGCCAGCCCUGGGUCUCCCUGUCCAAAUGGCCUUUGCUCUCCACUGUCCUCGAGCCCAGGAAAGGAGCAGGGGCUGGGCCACGCGGGCUUGGGUCAGGUGCUGCGCAGAGGCCAGGAGGCCGUCCCCUCCAGGCUGCUUGGUGUCACUGAAGAGCUUCCUCGCAGUUCUUUAUAACACGGUGAGCCGCUCCUCCUGGUAGACCUAACCCCUCCAUCCCAGCGGCCCUGUUCGCCGUCGUCUUGCCCACCUCCUUCGCCUCUCAGGCGACCCAAGGGCUAUUGUGACCUGUCCCAUUGUGCACACAACCUGCCAGAGUACCAAUAAACCUGACAUGAUGACAACUAUGGUGGUGGUGGUUGUGGCAGGGGACGGCGUGGGGACCCGACACAGCCCCGGAGAUAACUUCUGCUCUAGCAACCCCAUACAGCGGACAGGGUCCCCGCUCCAGCGGCACUUUUGUUGAAAAUGUGGGGACCCAAAAUAUUUUACUUUCCCUGUAGCUCUCCAAUUUGAGAAACAGCAGCAUAGACUUGGUGAUAAAUGGCAAUGGACGUUCGGCUCCCUGCUGGGAGACAAUAGGGGGCGGUGAGGACUGUGGUGAACUGCAGGGCACGUGUGGCAUCUAGGGUGCUGUCUUUUACAGGCCAUAACGUAUCUGGGGCAGUUUGGAAACUCUGACUUGCACAGAGCCCAUUUGACAGGCUGAACGAAGAAGGUGGUGUCAGAGGUUUUCCUGGCCUUGGUGUGCAGUAAACGCCAGAGUCUCGGGGUCCGGUAUCAAGUGAGCGGGUCUUCAUUUCCUGUGCCUGGGACACAGGCCUCAGAACAGGGCGGUGGAUUCUGCACAACCUCCUAGACGUGCUGGUUUGGGGCCGUGCGCGGCUGAGGUCAGAGGGGCUCAGGGCGGCAGCGCAGCCCUGCCGCCUCCCUUUGAAACUACCUAUAAAUUGAGCCCCUUGAGGUUUAUGUGGACCCUUCAGGUCCAAAGUCCCAAAGUGACACCGGCCCUGAGCCCUGCAGUGGAGUAGGAGGGACGGACGAGCUCUGAAAGCCAGUUUAAAACCAUCACUCUUAAGGUGUUUCUGCUCACAGCCACACACACACACACACACAAGGGCAGAAGAGAACUCGUGAAAAUUCAUGCCAGCUGCAGCCACAACUGGAAAUAAACAUGGGUGGGAACUGUCACCGCGCUCUCUCCUGCCAUCGUGGGGACAGCAGGGGCGGGGCAGACCUGGCUCAGGGACGUUCCCAUGGGGUCAGUGACCCCACCAGGUCCCUCUGCUCCCUGAGCCUUGGUUUCCCCAAAAGGACAGUCUUUGUUUUACUCUCUUCUCAGGGCACCAGGGGCUUUGCUAGAAGGCCGGUGCUAUAAAAGGGUCCUGAGAGGUCGUCUGGCCAACUGCUGUGGUUACAGAGUCAGCGGCAGAGCCAGGCCCCCUCAAAUCCUGGGCUCCACCCCAAGUGCAGCUUUGGAAAGGACCAGAGGACGCAGAAAGGCCGGCUCUUGGGGGAACCGGUGAGAAAUGACCAAGGACAAGGAAGGGCCAGCUCCUGUUGAGGGGCCACCUGGAGCCCUCAGCCCUGACAUCUUUGCUUCCACCUCACACUGAGAUACCUUGUCACACCUGAGGCGCCUCAUUUGCUGGGAAAUUCCCACUUUACCAGAUCCCUCCCAUUUACCCUCCGGGUCUUGUCUGUGCCCUGCUCUGGCCCCGGGGCUGCCCUGUCUGACUCUGUCACUGGGCAAGAUAUGGGGGAACUGAGGGGGAAGAUGUCAGGCACAUACUCCCCUCAGUGUCCCUCAGCGAGGUGGCCUUGUGUCCCUCUUCCUUUCCAGGGGUCUCUGGCUCUUUCUCACUGGAUUCCAGCCACUGCCCCUCCCCCCAUGCUUCAGACCUCGGGUGGGAACGGCUCCACAGCUGUGAAUCCCGAGUCCCCCCGCACUGUCCCGCGUGCCUCACCACGACCCCUAAACCUUUGUAAAUAGACCCUUUAUGAGCAACGCCCCCACAUUAUUAUCAUUUGACUAUCCCACGGGCCUCUGCCGCAGUCCGGAUGUGCC